AUGAAUUCCUCUGGCCAGAACCAAAGUGAAAAUUCUGAAAGAGCCGCUGCAAAUUUGAGGACCGUGGAAAGAGAUUGGCGCUGUACGUAUCCGAAUGAGAGAAGGGAGAAGAAUCAAAUCUACACUCUCCUGAGCAUCAGUAACAGUGCACAUGAGCAAGAGGAGAAGUCCUUGGAGUGUGUUAAUGGAACAGGAUGGGAGGAAGCAGUACAAGGCUGGAGUAAAACAGCCCCUUUUGCUCACCUUCAGUUACAAAAAAGAGCCAGAAAAUCAAGGACAAGUGAGUCAGUCAGUGGCUGCCUGUAUUGCUUAGAUCUGAUGCACGUUGUUGAGAAAGGCUUGGAGCAAGACCCCAAGUUAAUUCCAAGUUUCACCAUAGACAGUAGUCCCGAAAAACAAACUCUGCUCUGUUCUAAUACCACCCUGAGCUCUUACCCUGGAGUGAAUGAUUGGAAAAAAGACAGCUAUUCUGCAAAAUUGUAUUCUAUCCAUACAUCCCAAGGAGAAAAAAAAAGAUUGUCCUUAAAGGAAACUCAAGCUUCACUAAGCGACAAGAAGAUUUUUCUAAUGAAGGAAAGUCAGCUAUUCCAAGCAGAAAAGAAAAUGGUGCCAAUAAGAGAGUAUAGCAUACUUCCUCCUGGAAAGCCAAAAAGUCUAGAACCUGUGAAAUGUAAAGAUACGAAGACCCAUGAGCCUAUAAUAGGUAAUCUGGGAGACUCUGAAGCAACCGCUGUCAAAUCCUCAAUGUUUUUGCCACCUCUGAAGGACGCAGCUCUCAAAAACAGCUUGGACCCUUCGCCAAAGAAAAGUAAGCCAGUUAUUUUCCAAGCAAAUGAAAAAGCACCCCAUGCUUUUUUAGGGACAACUUCCUGCACUCGGGUUUUAAAAACCAAAGAACCCAAAUAUGAGAGAGAAAUAGACGUGACAGGUGAUGUGUUGAAGGGGCCAACAAAAAUUCAUGAGAGAACCUCUUUUGCCCUGAAGUUUCCCAAGACUUCAUGUAUCUCAGGAACCACGGACCAGGGCUGUUGGCGCUGUGGUUUUUUAUCCGAUAGAAAAAUUACAGCCCUAUCUAAUUCGAUUGCAAUGAGAAGGAAGAGUCAUCUCUCCGGCAUGCAUUUUCUGCAUACAAAAGGAGCACGUGGCAGCAAAGCCAAUGAAAACCAGGACCCUUGCACCAGAAGCAGGAGUCACACUGGACCCAAACAAGGAACUGAGUCAAAUACGCAGGAGAUUCCUCUGCUUUCUGGACUGUUCCCGUCCUUAACGGUCAGCCGUGUUGCAAUAACUGCAUUGCCUUCUAGGCUGACCUGA